AUGCAUCUCCAGCCCAUCGACAAUACCGAAAUUGAGCCCUUCACCAGCGCCAUGGACACUGACCCACGCAUCACCAUCAUGCCGGACGGACAAGAGACUUUUGAUGAUGUCUGGGGCUCCGAGCCUGGUUCGCCGACUAACGUGGCUCAGGGCGCGCCCACAGGAACCCACCCUGGCGACAUUCCAAGACUCCAGGCCGAGCACACCACCGCCGGUUACCGAGAGGGCGUGACCUUGGCCAAGGCCCAGAGCAUCCAAACGGGUUUCGACGAGGGCUUCAGCUUGGGAGCCGAGAUCGGGGCCCUCGCCGGUCAGGUCGUGGGCGUCCUCGAGGGAAUCGCCGCCGCCCUGGACGGUCAAGAUGAGGCCAUCGCGAAGGCCGCGCGGAAGUCUUCGGACGACGCCAAGGCCGAGCUGAAGACGGACUCCAUCUUCACCCCCGCGUUCUGGAACAACGACGGGACUUGGAAGUUUGACGUCGACGAGCACGCGGGUGACGAGAUCCUCUUCUCCGACGUGGCCCGCGCCCAUCCGCUCAUUCAGAAAUGGACAAAGAUCGCAGAUGCCGAGAUUGAGCGGUGGCGCAUCACUCUCGAUGCCAUUGGCGAUGCGCCGGAGCACGAGAGACAGCCGAGCCCGGAACGGGCCCCGAGCUCCGCGAUACCGCAGACGAAGAAACCUUUGGAUUGGUGA